AUGCCCUGGGUCUCUAUGCUGCAGUCAAUACAACUGGUGUCCAAGUUCGGCCAAUGCACCGUUACCUCGGGCAAGAAGAUCACGCCUGACGGCUCUUGCGGCGGCUCCAACGCAUACACCUGCACGGGGGGCACUUUCGGAAACUGCUGCAGCCGCUACGGAUUCUGCGGCAACACGGACGAGCACUGUCUCAACGGAUGCAACUCCCAGUUUGGCGACUGCAGCUCCAUCUCCGUCGGGGGCGUACCCGCAAGCCUGGACGGCUCAUGCGGCGGCUCCAAGGGCACGACCUGCCAGGGAACCAGCUACGGCAACUGCUGCAGCCAGUGGGGAUACUGCGGCUCGUCGGCCGAUCACUGCGGCACCGGCUGUCAGUCCUCCUUCGGAACCUGUUCCGGUGGUUCGGGCGCCACUACCUCGGCGGCGAAGCCCUCAGCAAGCAGCGGAUCCGGCGGCGGCUCCAAGCUGAGCCCGGACGGCAGCUGCGCUGGCACUAACGGCUAUAUCUGUCCCUCGGGGCAGUGUUGUUCCAAGAACGGAUGGUGCGGUACCACGAGCGACUUCUGCGGCUUCGGCUGCCAGUCCUCCUUCUCGGCCGCGUCCUGCACGGCCUGCCCCGGAUCGGCGUGCGCCGGCACGGUCUCGGGCAACAACCCGACGUGCUCCGCCAACAACAACUUCUGCUGGACGCUCAGCAGCAAGAAGUUCCAGAUCGUCUGCGGCAGGCUGGCGUCGGGGGCGUACCUCACCAACGUCGACGCCACCAGCCUCGGCGACUGCAUCACCAAGUGCUCCGCGAACUCGGCCUGCGUUGCGGUCUCGUUCUACCAGGGCGCGAGCACCUCCUGCAGUCUGUUCAGCAGUUACCAGGGUCCCGCGAACGGCAACUCGGCCGGCGGCUCCCAGAACCAUGCCUACGUCCGCGCCGCCAGCUGCCCAUGA